AUGGCCUCUCGAGAAGUCCCAGCAGUAGAAGAAGCGGCUCCACUGCAAGGCCCGGCCGCCGCGGCCUCUCCCCCUGCAAAGUCCCCCGCCGCUGCCAGCAGUACGGAAUACUCUCAGAAAACCGGGAGUGAAGAUGAUCUCUCGUGUCUCGCGAUCGCAACUUUUCUGGGAGACGUUCCGCAUGACCUCCAAUGCGCCAGUUGCAGAGGCGUCCCGCAGCAGCCGGUGGUGACAAAGUGCUGCUCGCAGGUUUACUCGCUAGCCUGCCUCGAGAACAUGAAUUCGUUUGGAUCUGGGAGUAGUCGUGUGAAUGGAAGGGGCGGGCGGGGAGGCAUUGUAGUUCAACCCCUGGUGGUGGUACGAGGCAUGCAGAAGACGGCAUGUUGCCUCGCUAAGACAGAGCUUUCACACGAGGCUGAUCUCCGGCGCCAGCGACGGGUCGACUCACUAACAGUAAAGUGUAAAAGUAACGGAUGCGAUUGGUCGGGUCCCCUCUCCGCACUGCUAGAUCACGGGCAAAACUGCGACUUUGCAGACGUCCGCUGCGAGGCGUGCGGCGAGCAAAUCGUGAGGAGAUCUCUGGAGGAACACCGGAGAGAUAACUGUCGUAACAGACUCAUAAGGUGUCGUCGCUGCAACGAACAAGGACCGCAUGCGGAGAUUGUGGGACUGGAUGCUCCGUUCACCAAGAAACACCGGUGUCCCAAGGCUCUGGUAACAUGUCCUAACCAGUGUAGAGGGUCAAGGAAGAUUGAGCGAGGCCUGUUGGCAGGGCACCUCAAAGUGUGCCUACUGCAGAAUGUCGAAUGCGAGUUCAAAAUCGUUGGGUGUCGAGCUCAGCUAAACCGAAAGUCAUACGCUCAGCACAUGAGGGAUCAGCAGCAACAGCACCUGCUGAUGCUGCUGAGCAUGUUCCACACCAAGAUGUCGCUCCUUCAUGGAGAGGUCGAGUUUCUGAUGCAGAACGCACAGGAUCCAACUACGCAGGCCUCCCUUGCCUGCAUGAGCGACCAUGUGAAGAUGGGCAGGCCAAGUCUCGAUGGACUAGGCGACAAAGUUACAUUCAGGAUCACCAACUACAAGCAUCUCUCUGAGUUUACAUCCGACGAUGGAAAAUGGGAAAGCCCAUCGUUUUACUUAGCCUCACAAUACCACAUGGAGCUGGUGGCCUACCCUGGAGGAAAUGGUGCUUACAUGGGCCAAUCACUGUCUGUUUAUCUUAACGUCAGCAAGCCUGAAGCUCAGAGUGGAACAAGGAAUGUUAACCAAGACAUUGGGUGGCCCAUGGACUGUGCCUAUGUCGCCUUACAAGUCUCUAUUCUCCCUCAAGUGAACCACUCUAGCCACCCCCACCCUGAAUCUAACACAGAAAAUCACGACACACAGGAGCUGCUGAUGCCAAAACCGAUAUCAUUCACGGCACACGUGUGCCACUUUUGUCGACAGAGGAAACAUUUGCCAACCAUACCCGAAUACACGGAGCAGACGACAGCUGAAGUAGGGAGAGAUGAGGAUUUUAUCAGGUGGGAGUCCCUCACUGAGGCUGGUCUUCUCUUUCAGGACUCUGUCGUUCUCAGAGUCGAACAAACGAUGUGUGAAUGUGCAUGA